AUGGUGUAUUCAGACGCGAUUACUGAAUUACUAGGUGCUGGAGCUAAAGCUUACGCUCAUAAAGAAUAUGAGGCAGCUGCCGACAAAUACGCUGAGGCUUGUGAACGGUAUAACGAAGAGAACAGCAGUGAAGAUCCAGAUUUGUUGUUUCUCUAUGGGAACGCGUUGUACCAGCACACGGUGAUGAAUUCUCAGAUUCUUGGAGAGGGAACUGGUGUAAAUGGCGGAGAUGCGGAAGAAGAAGAAGCUAAAGACGACGAUGAUAAGGCGAAGGGCAAUUUCCAAUUUUAUGACGAUGGUCCUCUUGCAGAAGAGGAAGAAGCAGACGAAGAGAAAAAGGAAGAAGAGGAAGAACAUCCAAAAGACGAUGAGGAAGAAGAAGACGAUGAGGAAGAAGAAGACGACGAACAAAAACAACCCCAACAAGAAGAGCAAAGUGAUUUUGAAGUGGCAUGGGAAAUAUUAGACUUAACAAGAUCACUUUUUGAAGAUCGGCUCAAGAAUCUUGAAUCAGAAAGUAAAGAUAUUACUAUUCCUUAUUUACAAUCAGACAAGGACGAAAGUGAUAAUGAAUACGUUAAAACAUUAAAGAAAUUAUCAGAAACUUACGACAUUUUGGGUGAGGUAUCACUUGAAGCUGAAAACUUUGAACAAGCAGCUGUUGAUUUAAUGAAGGCGUUAGAGCUACGUUUAAAACUUUUCAAUCCUAGAAAUUCUGCCUUGAUUUCAGAGGCUCACUACAAGCUUUCUCUAGCCCUUGAAUUCUGUGUGGAGACGCCUGAUCUGCGUGUGAGGGCCACUCAAGAGAUGAAGAAAGCCAUAGAAUCAGUUGAGCUUCGCAUAAGUCACGAGCAAGACGCGAACAAAGUCAAAGAGUACAAGGAAUUAAUAAAAGAUUUGACAGUAAGAUAUCAAGAACUUAAGAGAGAUCCAGAUGAAGAAUUACAGCAACAAAAGGCAGAGAUUUUACUGGGGAUCUUAGGUCAAGUUGCAAGUUCCGCCGCAUCUAAGGAGGAGAGCGUGACAGGCAUCAAUGAUUUAACAGCUGGGAUCAAGAAGAAGAAGAAGAAGCAGACAAAUUCCGAGCCUGUUGUUAAUGAGUUAACAUCAUUGGUUAAGAAGAGGAAGGCAACACCAUCCACCGGCUCAGCUAUGAAGAAGUCAAAGUCUUAA